AUUAUCAACAGCUGUUCGUUAAAGUUAAAGUGAUAGUUUAGGGAAAGGACCAGUUCUGUUCAUAUAAUAUCAGUUAUUCCAUUGCCAAGGGUAUUGCCAAGGUAUUUCAUUAUCAAUCUAUCAAUCAUUGUGUCAUCAUCUUAUCUUUUUUAGCGUGUGACUACAGUUAUUAUCAUCAUAUAUAUACUUAUUCAUUUGCAGUCGUAUUCUAAUGUUUAGUAAGCUAAAAGGUAAAGUGGAGAGUCCAUCUAAUUCAUCUUCAACUUCGAUCGAUGAAAAAGCAACUUUGGUAGAUGAUAAAGUUUAUACUCCCUUUGAAAAACCUUCAAAGGAUUCAAAAUUAUUACCUGAACCAAGUUUAUCUGAUGAUCAAAAGGCAAAAUAUCAACAUGUAUUAAGUCAUUUUCAAAAUGAAGACCUUACCAUUGCUAUUAGUGAAGAUAAUCAUAAACAUAAAGAUAAAUCAUUAUAUAAACCUUUAACUAUUGAUGAAAAAUCAUGGUUAACCAGAGAAUGUUUCUUAAGAUAUUUACGAGCUACAAAAUGGAAUGAAAUUGAUGCUAUAGAUAGAAUUGAAUUAACUUUAGCUUGGAGAAGAGAAUUCGAAAUCGAUAAGUUUUAUGAUAAAGAUAAUGGUGUAAAUGGAGAUUUAGUAUCAGUUGAAAAUGAAACUGGUAAAGAAGUUAUCUUAGGAUUUGAUAAUGAUUCAAGACCUUGUCUUUAUUUAAAACCAGGAAGACAAAACACAAAGACAAGUCAAAGACAAGUUCAACAUUUAGUUUAUAUGUUAGAACGAGUUAUUGAUUAUAUGCCAAGUGGUCAAGAUUCGUUAGCUUUAUUAAUUGAUUUUAAAGCUCAUCCUAUAGGUACUCAAGGUGGUAAGAUUCCUCCUGUUGGAACAGGUAGACAAGUAUUACAUAUUUUACAAACUCAUUACCCAGAACGUCUUGGUAAAGCUCUUUUAACGAAUAUUCCAUGGUUAGGUUGGACAUUUCUUAAAAUCAUUCAUCCUUUUAUUGAUCCAUUAACUAGAGAAAAAUUAGUUUUCGAUCAACCAUUUGUAAAUUAUGUUCCAAGUGAUCAAUUAGAUAAAGAUUUCAAUGGUGAUGUUAAUUUCGAAUAUGAUCAUGAUAAAUAUUGGAAACCAAUGAUUGAAAUUAGUCAAAAGAAUAAACAACGUUAUUUUGAAAGAUUUGAAAAAUUUGGAUCCCAAAUUGGUUUAAGUGAAGUCGAUUUAAGAGGUGAAAAAGAUGAAUUGAUUUAUCCUGUGGGUCAAAUUUAGUUAACCUAGACAUCAUCAUAUCAUCCGUCAUUCAUUCAUUUAAUUUUUUUUUUGUAUUUUUAGUUAUAGAUUAUAGCAUUUCAUCAUGUAUUAGUU